AUGCAGCAACAAUCACUCGUCACUGGAACCGCGUGCAUUCGAGAUCUCUAUGGCGUCCCUCAAGGACCUGCGCCGUCGAAUCCCAAUUACACACACGCCAUCUACACCAGCGGAAACGGCAAGUACAAGCAAGAGGAUCUUGACGCCUUUUGGGCGGCUUAUGCCCCCGACGUGCCAAAGGGCACCACACCUAAGCAAACUCUCAUCGACGGUGCAGCCGACAAACGGUCUAAUGUUACGCAGACGGGUGAGCUCUACAUGGAUAUCUCGCUGACCGUGCCGCUGGUGGCUCCAAACACGGUGACGAUUGUCAGUCCGGAUGAUCCAGUUAUCCAAGCCGACACGAACUUAGCGGGCGGUAUGAAUACCAUGCUGGAUGCUUUUGACGGCUCGUACUGCACGUAUAGCGCGUAUAAUAUUACUGGGUCUCUGCCAGGCUGGGAUGCGCAAUACCCCGGUUCGACAAUAGGCAGGUAUAAUGGUUCAACGCAGUGUGGAGGAGUAAAGCCGCCAUCUGUGCUUGUCAGCGCUUGGGGAGCAACAGAGGAUUAUUAUCCCAUUUCCUAUCAACGCCGGCAGUGCAACGAAUUCAUGAAACUCGCACUCCAGGGCACAACGGUCCUUGUCGCAACCGGCGAUUUCGGGGUCGCUGGUAACAUUCGCACGUGCUGGGGCCCUAAUAGCGAUCGCUGGAACGUCGUGGCGCCAGGAAACUGUCCCUAUGUCACUGCUGUUGGCGGGACAAUGCUCAAAGACGGCGUUGAUGUUCGCCAGCCGAGCGAAAACCCAGAGCUAGCUUAUCAUGAGAGCGGGGGUGGCAUUUCCGCCAUCUAUGCACGGCCCAAGUGGCAGAAGCAUGUCGUUGGUAACUACCUCAAAGCCGCAUCCAUCGAUCAGCCUGGAUUCACGGGACUAGCUCCUCUGGUGGCGAACAAUACCGUACUGGCGGACGUCAUCUCCCAGUUCGGCGCACGUGGCAUCCGCAGUCUCUCUGGGCGCGGGGUUCCCGACAUUUCCGCCCUUGCAAGUACUUCGUCCGACUAUAUUAUUUUCGACGGCAUCAUCCGCCCUGGAGGCGGGACCUCAGUGGCGGUAAAUUAUGUCGGCGCGCUUAUUUCGCGCAUCAACCUCGAGCGCCUGGCUGUGGGGAAACCCGUCGUGGGCUUCAUCAAUCCCGUUCUGUACAAAUACGCCGAUACCAUCGUCAGAGAUAUUACCCACGGCGAGAGCAGCAGAGCUUGCAACAAUACAUAUACCGCUUAUCCGCCUGCUGUAGGCUGGGAUGCGGUUACUGGUCUCGGGGUGUUGAAGUACAAGGAGGCUCUUAAGCUUUGGAUUAGUCUUUGA